AUGCAGCUCUUCACCCUCCUCGCCUGCCUCUCCUUCGGCCCCUUUUCCGCCGCCCUGCCCUCCGCCGCCAUCGAAUCCCGCGGCCUAUGGGACUACGCCUGGAUCGGGCAAUACCCGGCCAACGACAUGGGCUGCGAGCACCAGAUCUGCGCGGGGCCCGAAUCUCACCAGCGCCCAAAAUUACACCCGGACCACCACCGCCCCACAGACGGACGUGGCGCCUGCCAGAAAUUCCUCCGAGACAACGCCACCCGCAUCGGGGUGUUCUUCGGCAAAGGGAAGAACGAGCUCAUCAAGGUGCAGACGUUUUUUGAUGAAGAGUGCAAGGAGCCCGCCGUGGUGUACUACAACCCGCGCAAGAAUGGCGGGCCGAAACAUAGCAACCAGGGCUGGCUUUGUGAGAAUGCGAGCGGGCAGGAUUUGGGAUGGAAUCUGGGCACAAAGGAUCCGGGCCCGGAUCGAGAGGGGCAGGAGGCGUUUGAUAAGUUUGUGGCGGGUGAUAGGCCGUGGGGGAGUGCGGUGGGGUGGCAGGAUGCGAAGGCAGCUGUGAAGAAGUUUGAUACGUGGGGUUACUUGGGAGGACAUUAG